CCACAAUUCUCCGCAGUCUGCAGUGGAUAUGGCGUCACUGAAAAAAGUGUGGGAGUCUAGAAACUUCACUCAUGUAAAUAACGCUGCGUGAGGUAGCGGUACACAGCAUAUUAGUUAGAAUAUAUUUAUUUACCUUCAUAUUUUUCAGCAUGCCUCGGAAAAAGCCAUUUAGCAACAAGCAGAAGAAGAAACAGCUACAAGUCAAACGCGAGAGAAAGAGAGGUGACACCGGUUCUGGUCCAAGCAGCAGAAAUGCUAGCUUGGAGCGAGGAGAGCGUCAGUCAGACACCUCAGAUAGCGAGACAACAGACGUUAAAAGAAUAAAUCAGCAGCCCUUCAGCAGAGAUGGCAGAUAUGACCCAAACAGGUUCCGACUGCACUUUGAGAAAGAGAGUAAGGAGGAGGUGGAGAGGAGGAAGAAGCUGGCCAGGGACACUGUGCUGCAGCCCGUUUCAGACAAAGAACUUGAAGUUGACAUCAAUGACAUCUACCCGCCAGAUAAAGGUCUUGGGUUCCCACGACGACCUUCUUGGACUUAUGAGAUGACACGAGAGAGUCUGCUGAGGAAAGAAGAGAAGUCGUACAGAGACUACUUGGAAGACUUGCACUCCAGAAACCCGAUUGGCACCCUCAGCCACUUUGAGCACAAUCUGGAGACAUGGAGACAACUGUGGCGAGUUUUGGAGAUGUCAGACGUCAUUCUUCUUAUUGUUGACAUCAGACACCCGGUACUGCAGUUCCCUCCAGAUCUGUACCAUUACAUCACAGCAGAACUACAUAAGCAGGUAAUUCUGGUGAUGAACAAAGCCGACCUGAGUCCUCCCCCACUGGUGAUCGCCUGGAAACAUUACAUGACUUCCCAGUUUCCCCACCUCGAGAUAGUGUGCUUCACCUCCCACCCUGGGCCCUCCUACAGCACAGUUCUCCAGAAGAGGAGGAUGAGGAGGAAGGCCGACUGGAGUCGUGCUGGAGGUCUUAAAGAUCUCUUUAAAGCCUGUCAGGACAUCACAGCAGGGCGAGUCGACCUGUCCAGCUGGGAGCAGAAGAUUCAGAGAGACGCUGCUGCAGAGCGACUGGAUGGAGAAGCAGCAGAUGGAGCCGAGUCGGUGCUGGUGGAACAUCAAACCGAUAGUGCUCUGGAGAUGAGCAACCCCGCUCAGGAGCUCUACAAAGACGGGGUCCUCACUCUGGGUUGUAUAGGUUUUCCAAAUGUCGGUAAGUCGUCUGUAAUCAACAGCCUGGUUGGGAAGAAGGUGGUGAGUGUGUCUCGGACUCCAGGCCACACCAAGUACUUCCAGACCUACUACCUCACCCCGACAGUCAAACUUUGUGACUGCCCUGGACUUGUCUUCCCCUCACGCGUCAAUAAGCAGCUGCAGAUUCUGGCAGGUCUUUACCCAGUGUCUCAGCUGCAAGAGCCAUACACCUCAGUUGGCUACCUGUGUGAGAGGACCCCGUUCCUUUCCGUGCUGAAGCUCAAACACCCCAGUCUGCAGGAGCUUGAUCACCAGCCAGGACAGCGGGGGUUAAAAGAGCCCGAAUGGACCGCCUGGGACGUGUGUGAAGCUUGGGCGGAGAGACGAGGUUAUAAGACGGCAAAAGCAGCUCGUAACGAUGUCUACCGAGCAGCAAACAGCCUCCUGAGGCUGGCGAUAGAUGGCAGGCUGUGUUUGUGCCUCAGACCGCCGGGAUACAGCUGCCUGAGAGAGCACUGGGAAAAUCACCAGGACCUGCCAGAGAUUAUGGCUCUUCAAGGAAGGGCGACAGAGGAGGAAGGACCAGGUGACAGGGAAGACGAGGAGGACGGGGAGUCCAGCAGCGAGCCGGAGGAAGAGAGGGAUCGGGAUGCAGAUGACGAUGAGGACGGAGACGAUGAAGAUGAGGGGUUUGGACAUCAGAGAAAUGCUCCUGGCCAUGCUGUUAACAUGUUCGACGUACUCCGGGAAAAUGAGUGUGAGUGAAGAGGAUAAAUGAAGCGCUCCUCUUCACCGUUUGCUGACGUGCAUUUUCAUUUCCCGUUUGACCUAAAACUGAAUUCCUUCUCGGGUUUUCGUGUGAUUCCACUCCUUGUGACACCCCCCCCCCCCCCAGUACCAUGCAGAGCAUAUUUAUGCAUUCCACGCUGUGCCUCUGCUCUGCCUGUUUAUCCUCCAGGCUCGCUCUUCAAUCUGGCUUCAAGGAACGAGUUUGGCUUUGAUGUGGUUUUGCAUGCGGUCAUUAGCAGCAAACGAAUAACGCCAUUUCCCUGAGCCUGUAACGAUCAACCAGCCGUUGAUUAGAGAGGGACCUCAUCACUGAGAUGCCAAAGUUCAGGAAGGAUGAUGAAACCAAUCAGAUUCAGCGUUGAUGACAUCACUCACUGUAGUCCCCAACUUAAAGGGGUUAAGAACGCUAAAUCUUCUUUACAGACCAUAAUAUCUGGUCGGUGGGCGUGGGGCGGGGUCUAAACUAGAGUUGAACCAACGCUAAACUACAGCGGCGUCAGCGACCACCAAUCAGAACUUGGUUUUGGUUUUGAUCACGACGUGUUUGGUAGAAACCAAGAGAGGAGGAGGUCAUUUCAGGAGUUAAACUUGUAGUGUUUUAACUACUACACUCACCCUUAUACCCUUGAUUGGUGUUUUCUUUAUUUAACACACGACUCUGAUGCACUACGCGAGCACAGUGGGUCUGACAACCGAGUCUUUUCAAAGUGUUUCUUGUACUCUUGGUAUGAGAUUUAGUUUAGUACAGAGAGUAAAAAGAGCCAGAUUUAUUUUUUAAAUCCUAAAGAAGGCUUUUAAAAUAUUCAGUAUCGAGUUUAAGGUGCAAAAUGUGUUAAUAUUGUUUCCGACCCGUUGACUCGAAGAGAGCAGGGCAAAUUAAAUAACCUCCAGUUGGUUUUGUUUUAUUUUUCACAUCUAAAACAGUUGUUGGAGGUCUAGAGUUGGUGAACAAAGCAGCCAUUUAAGCUUCUGUAACGCCCAUCGGUGCAGAUGAUCUCACGCGUUCUCAUGUUUUUAUUAAUCAUUAAACAUGAAAACACUUCUGCUGUUAGACCAACAUCUUAUUUCCAGUCGUUACUAUGUAACAACACACCCGGCCAUCAUCUGUCAGCGCGACGGAAGCAGACCUUUAACCCGACCAUGCUGUUGGUACUUUCUGGUCCUUUUGGGUUUUUCUGAGUACUCGUGAAUCCUCAGGAGGGUGUAGUGUGGUCUGGAGGUGUGCUCAUUUCAUUCCUAGUGCGCCUAAUGACAGAACGGCUUUCUGCAAUUAAAGAAGAGAACCAUCAGAACCCCA